AUGGUCGCGUGUUGCAACAAGCUUGAUGAGAUCGAUUUUGCCGCUCUGCACGCAUCCAUUGCGGCGCUGAGUGCGCCGCCCGAGACGACCGAAGCGCUGGCACACAUCACGCACGAGAUGCACGCGAUCGCAACGGCCUUGGCCGCGCGCGACGCGGCGCUGCGCCUUCAGGAAGCACGUGUUGCGGGCCAGCUCGAGCUCCUCUCCAAGCUGCCAGCGCCACGCGACCAUAUUGAGUCUAAUGACCAGCAACACCACACGACGACGAGCGAGCCAGCCAAAACGAUCACACUCAACGUCGGUGGCACGCUCUUUACGACCGCGCGCGAGACGCUGCUGCGUAUGCCUGGUAGCUACUUUGACGCAAUGCUCUCAUCGGAUCACUGGCGUCCGAACGACAAAGACGACGACCCUCGGUAG